CCUGCUCCGAAUGCUGUAUAUCCACAGUCAACUUCUCCGAUUUUCUCCACUUAAGACUUGAGCUGCAUCAUGAAUAGUUUGGGGGCACCUUUCAAUCGCAUACCUCUGGAAUGGUGGGGAUUACGCAGCCGAAACCCGGAGAGCAUGUAAACGCAGAUGGAGUUUGGGAUUUAUUACAAAAUAAGGGAAAGAUGACCGUCUUCUCAUUGUGUUUGCUCUUGUGCGCGGAUCUACUGGAUUUAGCCGUCGGAUAUUUGACAGUCACCAUAGAGCCCCUGCCUCCUGUUGUUGUGGGAGAGACUGUUACUCUCAAGUGUAACUUCAAAACAGACGGAAGGCUUCGAGAGAUUGUAUGGUACAGGGUCACAGAUGGAGGUACCAUCAAGCAGAAAAUCUUCACCUACGAUGCUAUGUUUAAUACCAAUUACUCUCACAUGGAGGACUACCGCAGACGUGAAGACCUUGUGUACCAAUCGACUGUCCGGCUCCCAGAAGUACGGAUCUCAGACAACGGGCCUUAUGAAUGCCAUGUUGGUAUUUACGACCGGGCAACGAGGGAGAAGGUUGUCCUGGCUUCAGGGAAUGUUUUUCUUACUGUUAUGUCACCUCCAAACAACAUUUCAGUGGUGGCAGAGAACACGCCGGCCCCAUUCAGUCGAUACCAAGCCCAAAAUUUCACUCUGGUCUGCACUGCAAAGGGAGGGAAACCAGCCCCAUCGCACCUCCAAACAACAUUUCAGUGGUGGCAAGAGAACACGCCGGCCCCAUUCAGUCGAUACCAAGCCCAAAAUUUCACUCUGGUCUGCACUGCAAAGGGAGGGAAACCAGCCCCAUCGGUGUACUUCAAACGCGACGGUGAGCUGAUAGAGGUGAUCUCCUACACUCUACCCACCACCAGUGAGCAGGGAGGGGGCUCGGCGGGGGUGAGAGGGGCCAGGCCGCUCAUCAGUAGAGACCUGGAUGAUACUAAAUUGCAGCGUUCCCUGUCCCUCCUGGACCCCGAGGGCCGGUCAGCCCGCCUGCACACGGAGAGCCCCCAGCGCGUCCACACUCAGGGCCAACAGGCCUACGAGCCCAGCCCCGCAACAGAGGUCAUCCCAGAGACGGUGGUGAGCCGGGAGUUCCCCCGCUGGGUGCAUAGCACAGACCCCCUCUACUAUUUCAGCCACAGUCACAUUCCCCAGAGCGACGGUUCUGUGGUGGUGCAGGCCCGGCUCACCUGGACCCUCAACCCUCAGCUGGACAACGACGCCCUCUUCAGUUGCGAGGUCAAGCACCCGGCGCUAUCCAUGCCCAUGCAGACAGAGGUCACUCUGGCUGCUCCGAAGGGUCCUAAACUCUUGAUGUCCCCCACUAGGGCAAAAGUGGGGGAUACAGUGCGCAUCACCGUGCAAGGAUUCCAGGUAGGAACCUCAGGGAAUGAGGUUUUCCCGGAGCCCCUGUUCACCUGGACUCGGGUGGGUGGUCGCCUGCUGGACGGCAGCACCGAGCGGGAGGGGAAGGAGCUGAUUCUGGAGAGAGUUCCAGCCGAGCUCAACGGCUCCAUGUACCGCUGCACCGCUCAGAACCCUCUGGGCUCCACGGAUACGCACACUCGCCUCAUAGUCUUUGAAAAUCCAAGUAUGAUGAAAAACACACAGAAUCAAAACAAUGGAGCCUCCCGUUCGGACGUGCUCGGACUAACAUGGAUGGCACUUGUCCUCACAGUGACAGUGGAACUGACGUGAAACCUCUUAUCCGAGACACUCUCACUCACACACGUAACACACAAAUACUCGCCCUUCUUACGCAACACCCACAAAGAAAACACCACACACGCACAUAUAAACAGAAACACACGAUCCUGCAAGCCUUCUCCAGUCAUCAACAGAACCCUCCAUGCGUCAGUCGAUCAGGAAACAGCGCCCUCGAAGGAACGGCGCUCCACUGUUUUUUUUGUAACAAAAUAAUAACCAACCAAGAUAAUGAUAUCAAAAGAACAAAGUGAUGAACAAGACAAUAACCACCUCCUAUAUAGCCCUGCCCAUUUACACCUUUUUUUUUUUUUCGUUUUGUUUCUUGUCCCACGUCUGCCUGUUGAUCAAUAAAAAUCAGCUGAUUUAAAAUGGAAAAGAAAAAAAAAAAAAAAAGCAUCUGGAUUUUAUUUCGAUGAGUCAAAAUGUCAUUGGUGCUGACUGAAAUGUGAAACGUGGAACUGGCUUAGGCUUUGCCACCACAUCACCCACACCCGUCUGUCUGUGACACGUCCCGGGAUACACCUGAUUACAGCAGCGGCGAGCUGAUAAACCACGAGGGAACAAACACAGUCACUCCAAGAGAACAUUGGUUUUUUUUGUUUUUUUUUUUAAUAUACAAGUAUUUUCCUUUUUUUUUUCUGAUGGCUUGGAAUGUACAAGAGGAUCUAAAGUAUUAAGAAACUAGAAAAAAAAAAUCUCCUUUUUGAGUGUAUUUUGUGUACAUCAGUGUAAAUAUUGAAGAUAAUUAAAGAAGUUAUAUGGGUAAUGGUCAGGGUUGGUUGCUGAGAUAGUUGGAGUUUACACUUCUUCACCUUUGUUUGUACUUCAUUCAACACUAUUUUCAGAGAUAACUCUUGGCUGAAAGAACAGAAAAAUUAAAGCCUUUCUGUUUCUCAUUUGAGCUUUUUAUAUCUAUAUGGCAGGUCUCCAAGGACAGAGUAAAAAAGAAAAAAAAAGAAAAAAAAAAAAAAACCUACCAUGUGUCUGCUGUUUUGGGGUUGUGGU